AUGGUCGAGACGGCGACGGCGGCGACGGUGGCCAAGGCGUGCACGAUUAUGGUCUACGCGCUCGCGGGCACUCCCGAGUUCGUGGACGUCACGUACGAGCUCGCGCUCGGUAACGUGAACAUUCACGUGCUGACGACGUUAGCCGUGUUCGGCACGGUGCUCUUGGGGUGCGCGAUGGAGGGGGCUUUGCUCUUGGUACUCUUCGCCCUGGCGCACAUGGUGGAGGAUCGUUUGACGUUGCACGCGCGAGGAGACUUAAAGGCGCUGUGGAGCACCGUCCCCACGACCGCGAACGUGGUGAAGCUGAACGCGGACGGGACGCCAGAUUUGGCCUCGGUUACAGAAGUUCCAGCCGCUGAAGUCGACGUCGGGUCACUCAUAUUCGUCAAGGCUGGACAGCAGGUGCCUUUGGACGGAACGGUCGUGCACGGUAGCGCGUUGGUGAGCAUUCAACACAUCACCGGUGAGGCUCUACCAACGAUGAAGAGAUAUGGGGAUGAAAUCCCCGCGGGGGCGAUGAACACGGAUGGCGUGCUGGUGGUGAAGAGUCUGCGCUCGAGCGAGGAAAGCACGCCGGCUCGCAUCGCGCGUCUCACGGAGGCUGCGCAGAGGCGCCGUCCAAAGGUAUCACGUUUGCUUGAUGACAUCGGUGACCGCUAUAGCAAGGCGAUCCUAGCGACCACCUUCAUCACCAUGGCUUUGGCACCACUGGUGCUCGGCAUUCCGUUUUUGGGACAAGGUGGGGCGAUGUAUCGAAGCUUCGCUUUCCUGUCCGCCGCGGCGCCGUGCGCGCUGUUGAUGUCACCGCUCGUGUACGUGGCCGCCAUCGGCGCGAUGGCUCGCCGAGGUGUGCUAAUUCGAGGAGGCUUGACCCUCGAUGCCCUGGCGGAAGUCGGCGCGGUGGCGCUCGAUAAAACGGGUACAAUCACCACUGGGCAGAUGACGUGCACGCGAGUCACUCGCUUUGAGAAUGGUGCGCAGCAUCAAACCUCUCCGAGCGCCGCGUCAAAGGCGCUCGCAUACGCGGUGACCCUCGAAGGUGGGUCAUCCCAUCCGAUUGCCAGGGCGGUGACACAAGCCGCGCAGGGCGUUGUGUUGCCAGACGUUGGUGCGGUGAGUAGCUAUAAGGUUGUUGCGGGCAGCGGCGUCGAAGGCACGAUUGAGGGCAAGCGUGCCCGGUUCGGAAGCUCCGCUUUUGCGUUGGAGUUGUGCGAAGAAGGCGCCGAUGAGUGUUUGGCUGAGGUCAUUGCGCAAGAGGGUGAGAUUCUUUCAGUGCUUGCGGUGGAGGGCGAAGGUCCGGCGUUGUUCACGUUCAGCGAUACGCUCAACUCGCAAGCUCCCGCGGCUGUAGAAUCGCUCCGAAACGGUAAGUGUCGUAGAGCGUGGUGGCAACCUCCCGAUGAGAGUCACGGGAUGGAGGUAAUCAUGCUCACCGGGGACAACCAGACGAGCGCAGAGACCAUGGCUGAGGCGAUCAACUUGAAGCAAGAGAAUGUGUACGCUGGCUUGACGCCGUCGCAAAAGUUAGGCCUGGUCGAAACCUUGAGAGAACGUGUGAAUUCAAGGAAGUACUCGCGCGUCGCCAUGGUCGGGGAUGGGAUCAACGACGCUCCCGCUCUUGCAUCCGCGGAUGUUGGUGUUGCGAUUGCGUCGACGCCAAGCGACGCCGCGGCGAGUGUGGCGGAUGUUCUCCUGGUCACCAAGGAUACCAGCGGUGGUAUCGCGCAAUUACCUGAGUUAUUCCGAAUCGCACAGAGCACCCGCGCUGUGUUGCGUCAAAACAUUGCUCUCGCAGUGGUGUCGAUAGUGGGAUCAGCAAUUCCAGCACUCAUCGGAGCGUUUCCGCUUUGGCUGGCAGUUAUCCUGCACGAAGGUGCAACCGUCAUGGUGGCGUUGAAUUCUGUUCGUUUGCUCGUUACAUUCGGUCGUCAGCCGCUCUCAAAGAGUACGACGCUCGUACUCACGGCUUUCACGGUGUUUUGCUGCCUGGGAGCAGCGUACACGUUGUGCUCCGAGGCGAUCGCCAUUUGGUUCAGCACCGUGCACGUCACGCACUGGAUAGGCGUGAGCAUGGCGUUCAAAUCCGCGUGGGCUGGUCUUUUGGCUGGUUGCUUGCACACGUUGACCGGACCGGACCACUUGGCGGCGCUGACGCCGCUUACCGUCGGGCCAAGCCGGGCGCAAAACGCGCUCAUGGGCGCUCUCUGGGGAUUUGGACAUAACACAGGUCAAAUUUUGUUUGGCUGUAUCUUCAUCCUCUUGAGAGAUAAGCUACCGCUUAAUAUGGACUUGAUUGGACAGUGGGGGCAAGGUAUCGUAGGUUUGACGCUCGUCAUCAUCGGUGCUAUGGGCUUCUGGGAGAGUGUGGGAGGACACUCCCACUCCCACUCCCACUCCCACUCGCACGAUGGACACUCCCACUCGCACGGUGACGCGAGCGUGCCGAUGAAGCGAGACACCAACUUCAUCUCGUGGACCUACAUCACCGGUACUAUUCACGGGUUACAGCCGGACUCAUUAUUCCUGCUUUUACCGGCCAUGACGCUGCCGCGCGUCGAGGCCAUUUCCUUCUUAGCGACGUUCUUCAUCGGGACCAUCUUCGCCAUGGGGACGUACACGUACUGCAUCGGUGCUGGGACCGCUGCACUCGAGAAAAAUAAUCCAAAAUUCGUGAGCUAUAUUGCUCGCGGCUCGAGCGCCGUCGCUCUCGGCUUCGGUGUGUUAUUCAUUAUUAGUGCAGUCUUUGGUCUGGAGUUGGUCUGA